AUGGAGCGGGGCGGACCCGCGCUGGAGCUGAAGCUCUGGGCGGCCCAGGAGAUGGGGCUGCCCCCCGCGAAGGUGCCCCCCGACGGGGCCUUCCGCCGGAUGUGCUCAGGCCAGUGUGCGGAGAUCUGGAGAUACCUCUGGUGGUGCACGUGCCGGGUGAAGAAUGUGAAGACGAUCCGAGGGAACUUGCUGUGGUACCAGCAUCUGGAGGAGGCAGAGGGAAAGCCCAGCGGGUCAGAACCGGAGCAGGUGGCGCAGUUGGGCCUGCAGAUGGAGAUGGCCCAGCGCGAGCUCAUGGCUGACGAGGUCUCCCUAGAGGUGGCCCAGGAGUGGAUCCGCGACACCCAGCGCCGCUCCCUGCUGCUUAAGGCCUAUGCGGCCUGCACGGCCAAGGAGCACCAGCAGCUGCAGGGCAGCGUAACCCAGCUGAGGGUGCGGCUGGAGCAGCUGCAGGACAUCAGCAGAAAGGCCAAGGUGGAGCUGACGGUGGGAGGGAAGGUGCCUGACCUCGGACUUGCUGGCGUGGAGCCUGAAGUACUGCGGGACGUGCAGACGGCCUGCCAGCUGCGCUUCCACUUCCUGAAGUUGCUCUUCGAGCACAGCACGUCUGGGGCCCUCCCCAGCGGGACAAGCGAGGAGCUGCUGGACGCAUCCUACCAGCACUGGCUGAGCACGGUGGAGGACAUGGUGGGUUCCCACCCUCCCAACCACAUCCUGGCAGCCCUGGAGCACCUGGCCCUGGAGAACACCCUGCAGAUGCAAGAGCUCACCAGCCGCAUUGACAUUCCCCGCGACGUAGAGGCGCUCAAGUUCCGCUACGAGAGCGCCCGCCUGGAAGACCUGGCGGGGCCGCCAGCAGCCCUGCCCUCAGUCCGGGGCCUCAUACAGACCUACAGAGCGCGCCCCCUGCUGGUCCCCAUCCCCCCGCUGAGCCGGCCUGUGCCGGAGCUUCGGGCUGUGCGGCUGGCGGGGCUACGGGAUGGGCUGCACCAGGGCUGCCAGGAGCGGGAGGCGAGUGCCUGCCACGCGGAACUGCAGGCCUCGCAGAGCAAGCAGCAGCGCAUCCUAGACUUCUGCCACCUGAUGGGGAGUCACGAAAAGCAGCAGCACAUCCGGGCGCUGAUCAAAGGCACCACUUACAUCAAAUCCCAGCUCCGCAAGGACCAGGCCGAGGUCCAAGCCUUCGUGCAGAGGAAGCUGCUGGGCCCGGAGCAGGACGUGACACUGGAAUUGCAGCGGGUGAAUGGGGGGGUGGAGCGCAAGGUCUGGCAGCUGGGGGCCAUCGCCCUCUCCUGCGUGCUGCGCCACAGCCUCCUGGGGUGAGUCCCGGCCCACGAGCUCUCCAUCCAUAGGCUGGGCCGGAUGGCGCUCGCCCAGCACCGGGCCUUCCUCAUUGUGUGCCAGGCUUCCGGCUUCCCUCUCUACAAGGCCCCGGAGCACCUCCUGCCCCACAUGGCUGAGCUGAAGAAGGAGCUGCUGGCCCUGCGUGCCCAGCUGGGCUACAAGAGCCAGGCGCUGGCCAGCCUGCAGCAGCACCAGGGCUCCCCGGGGACCGACGCACAAGCCCUGGUGCAGGCCCUGCGGGACCACGACCGGGAGCAGGCCGGAGCCCUGGGGCCGCGGAUCCGGCUGGUGAUGGAGCAGUGCGGGCAACGCAUCGAGCGCUGGCCCGAGGUGCAGGCCGCCAUCGACGCCUGGUGGGAGCAGCCGGGGCAGUUCGCCCUGCCUGCGGAGCACCGCCUGGGCCUCACCUUGCAGCAGUGGCUGGAGCGCUGGACCCUGGCCCUCAAGACCCUCCAGCAGCAGCAGCAGCUGGGCCUGAUGGCCCCGUCCUGCCUGGGAGGGGCUAGGGGAGCCUCGCCCCCAAAGGGGUGCAGUAGUAGGUAG